CUGGAAGGAGGCCGCAAGGCCGUGGCGGGGGUCGGGCUGGGGGUGGGCUUGGAGGCGGGGACCCCGGGGACCCCCGUCCCCCCGCACAAGAAGAUGAAGAAGCGCAAGGAGCUGAACGCGCUGAUCGGGCUGGCCGGGGACGGCCGCAGGAAGAAGCCCAACAAGGGGUCCGGCCACCGGCUGCUGCGCACCGAGCCGCCCGCCUCCGACUCCCAGUCCAGCUCCCAGGACCACGACGACGACGACGACGAAGAGUUCGGGCCCGGGGACGCCCGCCCCCGCUUCCCAAAGGGGGACUACGCCCGCUGCUGCAAGGUCUGCUACCCGCUCUGCGCCUUCGUCAUCCUGGCCGCUUGCGUGGUGGCCUGCGUCGGCCUGGUGUGGAUGCAGGUGGCCCUGAAAGAUGACUUGGACGCCCUCAAGGAGAAGUUCCACGCCAUGGAAUCCAGCCAGAAGAGCUCUUUCCAAGAGAUCCCCAAACUCAGCGAAGACCUGCUGAACAAGCAGAAGGAGCUGGAGAGGCUGGAGUCCGGGGAUCUGGGGCUGAGCCGGGUCUGGGGGAACGUCAGCGCCGUGAACAAGCAGAUCGCCCUGCUGACUUCGGCCGUGAACCAUCUCAAGGCCAACAUCAAGUCGGCGUCGGACCUCAUCGGCCUGCCCGCCACCGUGGAGGGGCUCCAGAAGAGUGUGGCGUCCAUCGGCAGCACCCUCGAUAGCGUCCACCUCGCGGCGGAGGCCAUGCAGGAGACCCUCGACGCGCACUCACGUGCGGUGGAAGCACUGCAGGACCGGGUGAAUCUGCUCCUCACCAAGGAAGCCAACGGGAGCAGGCCGGACUCAUCCCCCUCUGAGAACCAGAAUGACUCCCUCAAACAGGACCUCCAGCAUCUCCACAGCUCCCUGGAGGAGGUGAACUCCACCCUGGCGAGGCUCCAGAGCCAGAAUGGCCCCCACCUGCUGGGCCUGGACGGGGCCAUCGGGAACCUCAGCCGGAGGGUCUCCGUGCUGGAGGACGGCGUGGCGGCCCUGAGCAAGCCGGGCGGGAGUGCCAACCGGUCCGCCGGCGGGGUGGGAGACCCAACGUCCCUCGUGCCCGUCCAGAUCCAGGGUCCGGCGGACAACGAGACCGCCGCGGGGGCAGGCCGGGGCGAGGAGAGAGCAGACAGAGCAGGCGCUCAGGGGUCCAAGCUACGGGAGACGCUGCAGCUGAUGACGGCCCUCACCGGACAGCCCGAGGGCAGCGAGACCCCCGAGCCUGCCGGGCCUGGGGGGGACGGGUCCGGCGCGCCAGCCAGGCCGCCCGCACCCCCUCAGCCGUCGCCCCGCUCGCCCGCGGACCAAAGGGAAGCAGGGGCUUCCCGGACCCAGCUGUCCCUGCCCGGGGUCUCCAACACGGAAGAUCUCCUGGCCCUGUUUGGGCAGGCGGGGCCCGGGGCCGACGGGAAGCUGAGCCCCCAGGACAUCCGGGCAGCGCUGGGCCCCGCCGCUCCCGAGGCCGCCGGCCUGGCACCGUUCGACGCGGACGGGGACGGCAAAUACACCUUGGCCGAACUGCGGCUCGCCACGGGGCUGUAGCACCGUGGCCACGCUCGCCCCCUCCACUUCCCGGGUCCCCCACCCACCCGAAGUUUCCCGUGCCAUCGUUCAGGGAGAACGCCAGUGGGCACGCCCCCGAGGUUUCGGGUUUUAAAAAGACAAACGCUUCCAGUAGACAGCUCCAGAAAUGUCGCUGUGUCUUCGGGAACCCGUCGGGAGCUCCUGUUUUAGAGCCACGGAAGGAAGAGUUCCUUAUUCCUUUCUUUUUCCUCUCCCUCCCCCUCGCCCAGCACGGACGCAAGGGGAGGCUUUGUCUUUGAACUGGAAGCGUGCGUACGUUAGACUCACCCGCAUUUUCUAUCUCACAUAAACUUGCCUUAAAUUACCUGCACUUUAUGGAGACCCAGAAAAUGUCUUUUCUUCCCAAGAUAGACCUUUUCUGUUUUGUACAUAGUGGAGAGGACAGAGGAAAUUACGCAUAUUUUAUGGGAAAGUGAAGAGAAAAAGGCGCUUUUUUUUUUCCUUAAUUAAAACCCCACCCCACCAACUGCUAAGGA